CAGAGAAGAGAGCAUGGGUCUCCCGCACAUCACAUCGUUCUGCUGGUGCAUGGGCCUGGAGAGCGGCGCUAAGGUCGUCGGCGCCAUGCAUUUGAUCGCCUCAGGCUGUCUCUUAGUUGUGACGUCGCUAAUGGCGCACGACGCUGGCUCCUACAUGGGCACCAUCGAGGACGAGGGAGACCACAUCUACUCCAUCUGGUACCGGGUCGCUAUAGGCGCGGCCGUGCUGUCCACGGUACACGUGCUACUGGCGCUGGCCUUGUUAUACGCUGUGUUUAAGCGUCACAUGACGAUCCUCCGCGCGUACGUGUACAUCAUGUGCAUACUGUACGUGUGCGCUCUGCUGUACGUCAUCAUAACGGCGGCGAUGCGCGGCCCGAGAGACUCGGGCUCCGACGUGUUCCUCGCCUUCUUGGAGGCUGUGCUGGCCUUUGGUUUCCUGGCGUACUGCAUCCUGUGCGUCCGCAGCUACUACCUGAUGCUGCGCAGCGCAGACGACAUGGAAGGACCUAACAAGGCUUACUAGGUCACUCACA